CUGAGUUUGGAAGCUAAAGCCACUGAUGGAGGUGACAUUAUGGCUGACCUACAGCAAGUAUUUUACUGAGCAGCUUCUGACUGUGCCGUAAAAAAAUCGUAAUGAUGCUGAAACGUCUGAAAUUAAGUUAAGAAUGGCAUUUGGAAACAGUAAGUUUUUUGUUUUUUUUGGUCAGCUCCUCGUCUUAGUUCUACUGUACAUUUUGACACGAGCAAAAAAUGUGUCCUCAACGUUAACCCAUCCAUGAAACAGUAGCAGGGGUGACGCACACACACACACAUCACAGGCUGGGAGUGGACCUUGUAAUCCUUGGAUCAAACCCAAGUGUGUACCUGCUCAGCAUCCUCUGAGCUGAGACACUUCUAUCUACAGUAACUGCUGCGUCAGUUUACUGCUGUUAACUAUUUCCAAUCUGCUGGUUAGUGAGCACAAAAACAAAUCUGUGCAGAGGACAGUGUCAUUGCCCAAGAACACAACAACAACAACAAAGCAGAAGAAGAAGAACAGAAGAAAAACAAGAAGAAGAAGAAGAACAGAACAAGAAGAAGCAGGAGAAGAACAAAAAGAAAAAAAAGCAGGAGAAGAUCAUGUAAAAAAGAAAAAAAAACCCUGAAGGGAUAGUAUAUGAAACCUUGAGUUGAGAGGACGCCUCUCUUUCAAAGCCCUGGAAUCUCAGUGGUGGAAAUGUUGGAAUUGGGGAGGGUCGACUUUGAGGUGACAUUGAGGCUGUGUAGAUGAGUGUGAGGAUUUGGAGCUCCACGUUACGUCCACACUCGUUCCAGUUCAGACGGCGGCAGCUCCUGUGCCCGUCUUCCCUCCCCUCCUCUCUUUCAGCACCACUCCGUUAAGGACAGCACCUCGCACCCAUCUUCAAGCCUCAGGAUCACAGUCCGCUCCCGUCAACAGACGCAUCGAUUCAGAACUGAAAAGUCUGAGGAAAUAACUUUAAAGAAAAUACAAAUUUAAAAUAUCGGAACUCAGCCAGGCAAAGAACAAGAAUUUUUACUGUGUGGAUCCAGGUGCCCCUGUCACUCAUCUGCGCUCGGCAGCUGUGACGGAGCCGGUGAACACUCGCAGUCUGUCUGGACCCGUGAUAAGUCUUUCCCGUCUCCACUGGUCAGGACGAUCCGGCACGCACAGUGACCAUGGCCACCAACGGGACCAAAGCCUCGGACGGACUGGUCUUAACGGAAAUGGUGAAUGACGCAGCGGCCACCACGCCAAACGACAAACCCAAAACAUUGGUUGUAAAAGUGCAGAAGAAAAAGGAGAUACCGGAGAGAGAAACGUGGGCUGGGAAAUUUGACUUUCUACUCUCUUGUGUUGGAUACGCAAUCGGACUCGGGAAUGUCUGGAGAUUUCCUUACUUAUGUGGGAAGAACGGAGGAGGGGCCUUCUUGAUUCCUUACUUUUUGACCCUAAUAUUUGCUGGUAUGCCCCUGUUCUUGCUGGAGACGGCCCUCGGUCAGUACACUUCUAUCGGAGGGCUCGGAGUCUGGAAACUCGCUCCCAUGUUCAAAGGUGUGGGUCUGGCAGCUGCUGUUCUGUCCUUCUGGCUCAAUAUCUAUUACAUUGUUAUCAUUUCCUGGGCUCUUUAUUAUCUGUAUAAUUCCUUCACUGCUGAACUGCCAUGGCAGACUUGUGGAAAUCCCUGGAACACAGAGCGCUGCUUCACCAACUACAGCAUCGCAGACACCAGGAACCUCACCAGCGCUGUGGUGGAGUUCUGGGAGCGUAACAUGCACCAACUGACUGAUGGUCUGGAGAAGCCUGGGGAGGUCAGGGUCCCACUGGCUAUCACCCUGGCUGUGGCCUGGGUGCUGGUCUACUUCUGUAUCUGGAAGGGGGUCAGUUGGACUGGGAAGGUGGUCUACUUCUCUGCCACAUACCCAUACUUCAUGCUCUUCAUCCUGUUUUGUCGUGGCGUCUCUCUGCCAGGUGCAGUGGAUGGGAUCCUGUUCUACAUCACACCUAAUUUUGAAAAACUGAAGGAGUCUGAGGUUUGGCUGGAUGCUGCAACUCAGAUCUUCUUUUCCUAUGGUCUAGGCCUGGGCUCCCUCAUUGCUCUGGGAAGCUACAAUCCCUUCAACAACAACAUAUACAGAGAUUCUAUCAUCGUGUGCUGCAUCAACUCCUUCACCAGCAUGUUCGCUGGCUUUGUCAUCUUCUCCAUUGUGGGCUUCAUGGCCAGUGUAACAAAGAGACCUAUAGCUGAUGUGGCAGCCUCAGGACCUGGACUUGCAUUUUUGGCCUACCCUGAGGCGGUCACCCAGCUGCCCAUCUCUCCUCUCUGGGCCAUCCUCUUUUUCUCCAUGCUGCUCAUGCUGGGCAUUGACAGCCAGUUCUGCACUGUAGAGGGUUUCAUUACCGCUCUGGUCGACGAGUUCCCUCGGCUUCUCCGAAACCGCAGAGAGAUAUUCAUCGCUGUGGUUUGCCUUGUUUCUUACAUCAUCGGACUAUCCAACAUCACACAGGGCGGACUCUAUGUAUUCAAGCUGUUCGACUACUACUCUGCCAGUGGAAUGUCGCUGCUCUUCCUGGUCUUCUUUGAGUGCAUUUCAAUUUCAUGGUUCUAUGGAGUUAACAAGUUCUAUGACAACAUUGAGGAGAUGGUUGGCUACAGGCCUUGUCUGUGGUGGAAGCUCUGCUGGGUCUUUUUCACUCCACUCAUCGUGGCUGGAGUCUUUUUAUUCAGUGCUGUCCAGAUGGUUCCUCUCACCAUGGGAGACUACGUCUUCCCCAGCUGGGGUCAGGGUGUGGGUUGGUGCAUGGCCCUGUCCUCCAUGAUUCUCAUCCCAGGCUACAUGGGCUACAUGUUCCUCACACUCAAAGGCACAUACAAAGAGCGCCUGCGGAUGAUGAUCAAGCCUUUGGUUCUGGUAAAGUCGCAGGAAAACGGCCCGGAGCAACAAACGGAGAGCCAGAAUCAGAAUCCCGCGAACGAAGAAGCGUACAUCUAGAAACAUCUGCCUCUGCUUGUUCUGACAACCGGCGGUGGCGGUGUACAACAGAAAAAUGUAAUCGAGUUUGGGGCUGACCGCCAGACUUCAGUGUCUGCUUUUCUUCACCUACCUCCUGGGGACACGUGAGACCAACCUGAUUACAGAUACUUUUCCCUCAGUGGUUUUACUGCUUGUGUAUAAUUGGAGUUGAAACUUUUAAAGGAGAAAUGAAAAUCAUUCAAGUAAAUUUUAUGCAAAAGAAGGAAAAAAAGAAAAAAGAAAAGGAGAGAUGACUAAGAAACUACUCAGUCUUGAAUAUAUCAUUUAAAUUUGGAGGCCCACUUUGAUUAAAUAGUAGGUAUUGUGCUACUUUGAGAAUAGUAAUAACUAUACUAAGCUACAACUUGUACAAAGAAAAAUAUUGAUAUAAUUGCAUUUUUGUUUGUACAUGAAUAAAUACGGUAAAACGAAUGCAGCGUCGAAGGCGAAGGAAACACAAUUUAGAAGAUUUGCAGAAUGAAAAUAGUGAAUAGUGAAUAUUUUAAGUCAAAGAGAAAUAUUUUGGAAUGUGCAACAGGUGUAUGAGCAAAUGUGUUUGUAUGUAAAAACUAUAAUUUAGCCUGAAAUGUUUACCACCCAUGUCUGGGGCUGGAAAAGCACAAGUGUGGAAUCUAAAAUGUCCAGUCUAUUCUUUUUUCUUUUUCUGUUUUUUCUUCUUCUAGACUGAAACCUGUGGACGUAGCAAAAAUAAUCUAUUUAGGAUUACUUAGCAAGAGACUGUUAUAAUUGUUCUAAAGACCAAUAACUAUGUGUAUGUGUUGUCCCAGUCUUUUUGUAGAGUCAUUUUCUAUGAGUGACAGUGAGAGCACCAACUCCAUGCUCACUGUUGAAGGUUCUGUGCAGACAUCUGACCCACUUACUAUGUCCAAUGGACUCAAUUGAGCCUUCUUUGAUAUUUUUUGCCUGUUUUUACCUUUUUUUGUUGAGGUAGUAAAUACAGCAUCCACCCACAAAGCACAAUUUGGAUGUGUAAACUGCCACCUGUAAUGGUAAAGCUGGAGCCAUUGAAGAAAUCUCAAGUUUGUACUGGGCAAACAUUUCCAGGGGGCGGUGAUUUUUUGCAUAAAAUAUUGGUUUUUCUUCCUUAUGUGUGGUUGCAAUGAACACCUUCUGUGGAUUUCUGUGGUAGCUGUUGCUUUUCUGACAGGAAUUGUUUACAUGUGUAUCUGUUUAGUAACCCGCUCCUCAGGAAAACAAAGGUGGACGUGACCAAAUUCUUGCAAAAAUAUUAACUACACUGAAAAAUGCUAAUUUUUUUUUUGUCAUUAUCUCCAUUUCAUCCUGGAGGAUACAUUAGAGAGUGCAGAUUUUCCAAUUUCAGACUCAAAGAGACAAACAAAAGUUGUCAGUGCAUCAGGACAAAAGUCUGAUGCUGUAGUGUAAAGGCUAACACGACUGAAACUACUCUAACAGCGUAGGGGAAAAAGGAAACUAAAAAAACAAUUAGUGUAAACAGACGUCUGACAGAUUUCACUGCAGUAUUUCCAGGAGAAAACACACUUCUGUGGCAGCUACAUGCAACAGGAAUUCCAUUUAUUUUCUUUAAUUUAUUUUUUUUUCUUUCAGAGAUAUGUGAAUUAAAAAUGUGCUGUGACAAGGGGUUCUGUGAACUUGUAUAAUAAAUAUAAAUCAUUUACAUGUAUCUG